GCGGCGGCCGGGAGAGGCCCCUCCUUCACGCCCUCCUUCUUUCCCUCGCUCGCAGCCGAGCGAAGCCGGCAGAGCCGGCUGGGGCCCCCGGACCGUGCUCGAGCCAUGGCCGGCAACGUGAAGAAGAGCUCUGGGGCCGGGGGCGGCGGCGGCUCUGGGGGUUCGGGCUCGGGCGGCCUGAUUGGGCUCAUGAAGGACGCCUUCCAGCCGCAUCACCACCACCACCACCUCAGCCCCCACCCGCCGGGCACCGUGGACAAGAAGAUGGUGGAGAAGUGCUGGAAGCUCAUGGACAAGGUGGUGCGGUUGUGUCAGAACCCAAAGCUGGCGUUAAAGAAUAGCCCACCCUAUAUCUUAGAUCUGCUGCCAGAUACCUACCAGCAUCUGCGUACUAUCUUGUCAAGAUAUGAGGGGAAGAUGGAGACACUUGGAGAAAAUGAAUAUUUUAGGGUAUUCAUGGAGAAUUUGAUGAAGAAAACUAAGCAGACCAUAAGCCUCUUCAAGGAGGGGAAAGAACGAAUGUAUGAGGAGAAUUCUCAACCUAGGCGAAACCUCACCAAACUGUCGCUGAUCUUCAGUCACAUGCUAGCAGAGCUGAAAGGCAUCUUUCCCAGUGGGCUCUUUCAAGGGGACACGUUCCGGAUCACAAAAGCAGACGCAGCUGAGUUUUGGAGAAAAGCGUUUGGGGAAAAGACCAUAGUUCCUUGGAAGAGCUUUCGACAGGCCCUCCAUGAAGUGCAUCCCAUCAGUUCUGGGCUGGAAGCCAUGGCUCUCAAAUCCACCAUUGACUUGACCUGCAAUGAUUACAUUUCAGUGUUUGAGUUUGACAUCUUUACACGACUCUUUCAGCCCUGGUCCUCUCUGCUCAGGAACUGGAACAGCCUUGCUGUAACGCACCCCGGUUACAUGGCCUUUCUAACAUAUGAUGAAGUGAAAGCACGACUCCAGAAGUUCAUCCACAAACCUGGCAGUUACAUCUUCCGGCUGAGCUGCACUCGUCUGGGUCAGUGGGCUAUUGGGUAUGUCACUGCCGAUGGGAAUAUUCUGCAGACAAUCCCUCACAACAAACCUCUCUUUCAAGCGCUGAUUGAUGGCUUCAGGGAAGGCUUCUAUUUAUUUCCUGAUGGGCGAAAUCAGAAUCCUGACCUAACAGGCUUGUGUGAGCCAACUCCCCAGGACCACAUCAAAGUCACCCAGGAACAAUACGAAUUAUACUGUGAGAUGGGCUCCACAUUCCAGCUGUGUAAAAUUUGUGCUGAAAAUGAUAAGGAUGUAAAGAUUGAGCCCUGCGGACACCUCAUGUGCACGUCCUGUCUUACAUCGUGGCAGGAAUCUGAAGGUCAGGGUUGUCCUUUCUGCAGAUGUGAAAUCAAAGGUACUGAGCCUAUUGUGGUGGAUCCAUUUGAUCCCAGAGGAAGUGGCAGCCUGUUGAGGCAAGGAGCAGAAGGAGCUCCCUCCCCAAAUUACGACGACGACGAUGAUGAACGAGCUGAUGACUCCCUCUUCAUGAUGAAGGAGUUGGCUGGUGCCAAGAUGAAGAAACCAAGGCACAGAGAGGUUAAGGAGUUUGCUGAAGAUCACACAGUGAGUGAGUUGAAUCAGGAUCUGCGGCCUGGCAUUCCAGCUGUGGAGCGACCUCCUUCUCCAUUCUCCGUGGCCCCACAGGCUUCUCUCCCCCCGGUGCCACCACGACUUGACCUUCUGCAUCCUCGAGUAUCUGUUCCUUCAAGUACUUCUGGCCUUGGAACCACUUCGAAGACUGCCUCUGCCUCCCUGCACAAGGACAAACCACUGCCAAUCCCUCCCACGCUUCGAGAUCUUCCACCACCACCUCCUCCAGACCGGCCAUACUCAGGGGCAGCAGAAACCCGACCUCAGAGACGCCCCCUGCCCUGUACCCCCAGUGAUUGUCCAUCCAGGGACAAACUGCCCCCUGUCCCCUCUGGCCGCCCUGGGGACUCUUGGCUGUCCCGGCCAAUUCCCAAAGUGCCAGUGGCUGCCCCAAGCCCCAGUGACCCCUGGACAGGCAGAGAGUUAACCAACCGGCACUCACUCCCAUUUUCAUUGCCCUCACAAAUGGAGCCCAGGGCAGAUGUUUCCAGGCUUGGAAGCACAUUCAGUCUGGAUGUUUCCAUGAAUGUGAAUAGCAGUCCCCUGGCAGGUCCAGAGUGUGAGCACCCCAAAAUCAAACCGUCUUCGUCUGCCAAUGCCAUUUAUUCUCUGGCUGCCAGACCUCUCCCUGUGCCCAAACGGCCACCUGGGGAACAGUGUGAGAGUGAGGAGGAUGCGGAGUAUAUGACUCCCUCCUCCAGGCCUGUAGGCCUUCCGAAGCCAGAGCCGAAACGCACUUUGGAGGCAGCCCAGAGUUCACGGACCUGCGAUGGUGACCAGCAGAUUGAUAGCUGCACGUAUGAAGCAAUGUAUAAUAUUCAAUCCCAAGUGCCAUCUGUUGCUGAGAACAGCACACUGAGUGAAGGGUCCUUGGUGGCAGCCCCUGCCAACCCUGGUGCUGAGGAAUCAGAAAAUGAGGACGAUGGGUACGACGUCCCCAAGCCACCUGUGCCAGCAGUACUGGCCCGCCGCACCCUCUCAGACAUCUCCAACGCCAGCUCCUCCUUUGGCUGGUUAUCUCUGGAUGGUGACACCACAACAAACUUCACUGAGGGUUCCCAGGUUCCAGAGCGGCCUCCUAAACCAUUCCCCCGGAGAAUCAACUCGGAACGGAAAGCAGGCAGCUGUCAGCAGGCUGGUGGAGCCAUAGCCACUGCCGCCUCAGCCACCGCCUCACCUCAGCUCUCCAGUGAGAUCGAGAACCUUAUGAGCCAGGGCUACUCCUACCAGGACAUUCAGAAAGCCUUGGUCAUUGCCCACAACAAUAUUGAAAUGGCCAAAAAUAUCCUCCGGGAGUUCGUGUCCAUCUCCUCCCCUGCCCACGUGGCCACCUAGCACAUAGCUCCACCACAUGCUGCAGCUCUGGUGGGCGCAUGACUGGGCGCUCCUCACUGAGGGGUGCCUGGAAGGGGAGAGGCUCUUCUGGAGACUUCCCUGUGAGGUCUUGCCUGCAGUGGGAUAUCCUGUCUGUGGUUCCAGGAUUUCAACGCCACGGCAUGGUUAGUGUGUCCGAGAAUGCAUUUGAAGGUGUCCUUCAGCCUCUCUCAGAGGGAGAGUGGAUUUUCAUUCUUGUGGCAGCCUACCUGGGGAAUUGUCCGGAAAGCAGAACCAGUAUGUGCUGUAAAGCCUAACUGAGGACUGAAGACUUUCUUGGGUUAAGGAUGUGGCUGAGUGUCUGUCUGUCUGUCUCUUAUUGUCUGUGGUUUGUGUAUGUCCUGUGAUUAUGACUAAUCUGCUGUGUGUGUUAAUCCCAAGUGAGGAAUUAGCACAAGUUAGGAAGGAAUCUGUUAAAGACUUCCAUCUACUGUGGUAUUAAACCCAACCCUAGUGUGUGUUACAGCUUCAACACUCCCCUUUGGCUUAAAUGGUCAUGUGCAUAGCUAAAUUCUCAUAUUUUUAGAACACCCUCCCUCUGCCCUUUCCCCUAUCAGCUCCUUCCUCUUCUAACUCCACUUCUUCCUCCUCCUCGUCCUCUUUGGUGUUCUGUCACCGGCAGCAGGCUUGCUGUGACCAGCCUUACUGAAGCCAGGCAGCUCAUGGGGUGUUGUUGAUUGCAUGUGGUGGUGUCAGUUUAUUUGGUAGCUUGGCAAGGGAUGUAUUGUUGCUGUGUCGUUAGUGUUUGAUGCUAGCAGCUCAUACUGGUCACUCCAAAGCGCUCUUCCAUGGGAACGCUGGGUCUGUUCAGAUAUGUUUUCAUGAUCCUAAUGACUUAAUGACUGAUUUGUGACAGAGGCCUUCACAUACAUUCCAUGUGCUCCCCAGAAGCCAUCUGAGGGAAUCCGUUGCCUUGGUGCCAGGUGUGUAUUCUGGUGUAGGUUGUGAGUCUUUCUACUUCACGGGAAGGGGAAGCCGUCUCCAGGAUGCCAGAUGCCACGAAGCUUUGAAGAAGCUUUAUUCACAUGCUGUUUAAAUGCACAAACUAGACAAAAAGAGUAUACCUAUCCAGUUUUUCUUCCCAGUGAAUUCAUUUCAGCUUACUUAUUUGAUUGUCUGUCCCUUUCAACAUGAGCCAGAUUUCAGAAGUGGGUAUUCCCCCUUUUAGAAAGGAAGCACCUACGCCCACUGCAGCACAGUGCCAUGCCCUGUGUUAGCCCUUCCCCACCGCAGCCCCCUGCCUGUUCGGUUUCCUGUUGUGCCUGUGUCCCCAGGGCUGUAGCAGGUCACCUCCUUCUCUCCCCUGCAGGCUCUUUGUGAAGACUGGGCUUGGCAUAGUGUGGAGCCGACAUUCAGCAAAACACGAUACCACAGUCACAGACAGGGUGGGUAAGGCUGGCAGGCUGGGUGACUGUAGCUUCACAGGAAAGACUCAAUUCCAGUAGGAAGACGGGCCCUGUUCUUUUCAGCAGUGCUGAGUGGUCCCUCAAGUGCCAUCCAUCCUCUGUCCAGGUUCUUUGCUGCCAUCCCUUGCUGUAGGUGACCGGCUCACAAAAGGCAGCCUGCCCUUUAACAGGCUGGCCUUCCUUGGGGUUUUUCAGUCCCCAUAGAAACGAGCCUUUAGAACACAGCUGUGUCUCCAGUGAUCCGCUCAUGGCUUGAGCCCCUCCUAACUGUUCUGGUGUUCAGCUGCUCUCUGUCUUUCGGUUUUAUCAUCUGGCCUCAAAGCUGCUUAUAUUCUGGAGUGACCCAUACAAGACUUCAUAUAGUUUUGUCAUUUGCCAUUGUUACCCAGUGUCUCCUCUGCACAGCAGAAGGCACUGUUGCCUGCCAGCCAGGCGUCCUGAAGCUGGACAGCAGGGGAAAGAUGCCAGUCAAGAGAGGGGCAGAGUGCUGGGUCAGCCCCAUAGCUGCUGUCCUAACAGAAUACCUGGGCUUAGUGAUGUUCCAGGGCAUGGCACCAGCAUGGACUGAGCUCUGGUGAGCGCCUUGUGGCAGGUGGUGGUGUGGUGUCAGGAGAGUGGCAUGGGAGAAAGGAGGUCAGAAAGUGCAGAGAGAAGCCAGGCUUGCCUUGCUAUGGUGCCCUGUUCAUGAGGGCAAGCACAGCCACCUAAGAAGGUCCCUUCCAGGCGCUGCCACCUGACUCAGUCACACUGGGGACUGUGGGAGCCAGAGCCUCUACUUCCAGACAUCGUGGCAGUGGCCAAGAGGAGACAAGGUCCAGUUGUCUGUUUGGUUUUCCAGUUAAAGGCCUGGACAGCCAGUCAGGAAAAAAAAAAAAGGACAGCCACUUCCAGAUCUGGCCACACUGCACCUUUUCCUUCUGAGUAGAUUUUGCCCACAAGCUGAAGAUUUACUGUAAAGCAUGGUCCCUGGUUGUCAAAUGCUGCCUGUUGGGGUGCAUCCACAUCUUGUACCAAGUGUUGUCUAUAGGCUGCAGACUGAGAGCAGUUUGACCUUUUUCCUUUGCACCCCCUGAGCCAGCCCUGAGCCAGGCCCCAGGGACCUGGGUGGCACCUGAGCACCUCUGAGGGAUAGUGGCAUGUCUGCAGCUAUCCAGGGGUUAGAACUAUUUUCUGUGGGGCUUCUCGGGCCUUAGGCAGGACAUGCCUGAGAUGUGGAAGCAGCCCCAAGAAGUUCCACAUGGCUCUUGUGUUUAGCGAGUCCUCUGAGCUUGACCUUUUUCUAUGAUCCUUUGGCUAAGCACCAGGAGCCAUCUCUUCAGCCCCCAUUUGUAAAGAGAUCAUCAGUUCUUUGGCUCUGUUCUCGACACCGGCCUUGUCUCCCCUGCUUGCCCCUGCCCGCUCUCAGAUUCACUUGGCUGUUGCACCCCACCUGUUUUCUACUCUGCGUAUGACUUCCUGGAUUCUUCCACAGUGCCCCUAGUUUCUGCUGUGCUCAGCAGCUCAGGACUUAACCUUUCCUGCUGCCCCCGUCCUCUUUCCUGAAGUGGGGGGACCUGCGGGCCCGGAUGUGCCUCCCAUCAGUGACACAGUAAACCCCGCAACAUUUGUCAGUGUUCACUCACGUUGGUCUUGUUCUUGCACUGCUGCUCCAGCCCCACUCUGCCUUUAGCCAUUUUCUCUCCUCCUUAUACGUAGGCCCAGGCUGCCCAAGACCAGUGGGUGUAUGAGUGUAUUUUAGCUGUUUCAUGGACCAAGUGUUUUUGAGUGGGGAUUGCCAUUCUUCUACCUAAAGUAAUGAUUUCCCCUAAGGAGAGUAAAAUAUGUUUUAUGGUUACAGUCGACUUCCUUGCCAGCUGAAGGCCAGCUCUAGGUUCCCUCUACAGCACCAUUACCAAGAUCUUCUGUAGAGGUGGCAUUGAUGCAGUUUUCCUGCUAUCUCCCAGCAUGGAAGGCAGUAGAUUCCGGCCUGCUGUCCAGGUUGGAAGUCUGUAACAGUAGGUUUGCUCAUUCAACAGAAGGCUCCAGGAAUGCCAGCUCUGUGCCCUUGUCUGCUGCCUUGGGCUGGUUGGCUGGUACUGGGGGAUUGUCCGUGGGCUAUCCCACACCUGGCUUUGGUCCUGAAAUAGCAUGCAGUUGGUAGUCACAGCUUUGAUGUGGGCUCACGUGUCCAGACACAGCUGUCCUGGGUGAGACCAGGACUGUCCUUUUGACCAUUUUUGUCUUUCAGUGGAGUCCCCAUGGUGGCUGAGGGCAUGCUGGCUUUGAGGUAAACAACAGGCAGUGACCAUUGGAGCAUCUGCCCACAGUUCCCAUCCAGUCUAGUGCCUUCCUGAGCUGCUGGUGUCCUGCAUUCUGAGACUUGUCACCGCCUCCCAAGUUCUUUGACAGUUGUUUUCCAAUCCUUCACCCACCUUUGUAGCCAAUUCUCUGUCCUCAAAAGGGACUGAAAGUGUGUGUGGUGAGGGGAGAUGGAGGUCACAUGUCUGUAUGGCCUCAUCUUCCCCAGCUGUUUGGCUUUCCAAGAGCCACAUGGUAAACAGGUUGAGUUAGUCAGUUCUCAUGGUGUCAACCUUUCCCUCCCAGAGCAGGGAGCUCACCAGUGCCCCAGCCAAGUCCGACACCAUUCCUGACUCUACCAGACCUUAACACUUUGUGUGGUCUGUCUGAGGUGUUGAGGUACAGCGUGAAGCAUUAUUUUUAUUGAUUGGAGCUCGCCCUGCAGUAGCAGUCUUCCUUUGGGAAUACUUGCAGUCAGUGUGUAGGGGCCAGUGGGCAGUGGAAGAAAGCUAAGACGGCACUUCCAAUAACCCUGUCUAGGGAUCCCCUACAUGGAAAAAACAGAAACAGCUGAGCUGAAGGCAAGAGCAAGCCAUCAUAGGGUACACAGAGCCCAGGAUGGGAAGUGCCAGUAGUACCUGGGAGGAGCUGGUGCUGCAGCUGACUGCCACUCAGUCCUUUGUCCUGAUUCACAGCUUGGUAACAACAUGGCCCCCAGAUGGGCAACCCAGCCCUGAAGUCUACAUGAGCCCCCCCAGGGGUCUGGCCCUGGCCAGCAAGCCUUACAGGAGGGCAAUGGCCUACAGACUCCAGAGCUCCCCGGGGGGAUCUCAGCCCUGGCCAUCCAGCUGCUGUGGGCCUGCUUUGGUGAUAGCGGGAAGGCCUGAGCCCCAGAAAGUUGCAGGCUUCCUUGUUCUGGUUGCCCUCUCUUGAGUCUGGAAUUGGAGGCUUCUUGGCUCCUUCUGCAGGACUCCAGGAGCUGUGUCUCCCACCCCACCUCUGAAGGUCCCUUCCCCAGGCCUUGGCGCCAGGUGGCCGCCUUCACUCAGCCUCUGGGUCUUUGCUGACAGUUCUCAUUCCCCCACCAUCACUGCUCAGGGAUUACAGGCUGGGGUGGUCCCCCAGCUGAAGGGAGUCCUGCCGUGUGUAUGCCGGUCUAGUUGGCGAGGCCCCUGGAAAUGUUGCCAGGAAGAAUGUACGGGAGCUGGGCAGUUACUAGCUGGAAGUGAGAUUCUAGGUCAGAAGAGAGUUUAUACUAAGCACUCGAGACAGGUGGCCCAUGUCUUCCAUGUCCAGUUGAUUUAUUUUCAAACCUGUAUUAAAAUGUAAUGCUUUCCUUUUGGGGUCUUUGAGAUGUGCUUUCUGCUUGCCUGAACAAUGCGAUCUUAUUUAUCUUAUCCUCGAGUCUGUCUAGAGUUGUAAGGCAUUGCUUCCGGCUUUUUAAAACCACUGGAGUCAUAGGGUACACACAAAAGCAGUCUGGCAGCCUGGAGACACACACUGAGCGAGAUUCUGGAGGAAGAGCGCACGCUUCCCACUGCGCAUGCAUGUGUGUUUGCCAUUCUGGCCUGGGCUCCCGCAGGAACCACAGGGGAGAGCAGUGCCUUGUGCUUUUGCAGGGUCCCAGGACCCCUGGGGUGGUUCUGAGAAGAGGUGCCGGGGCUUCUUGGUUCCAGAAAGUAGCACAAGUGAGGGGUGAGAAGAGCGAACCCUUCGCAUUGCUCCAAGUCCUAUGGAAAGCCGGGGGG